AUGAAGCGUAUUAGUGAAAAGAAAUUGGAAGCCUUCAAUGUGGGCACAAUGGCUAAACGCCAAUUGUCCAAAAAGGAAAUUGAAGAACAAAAGAAAAAGGACGAUGAGGAAGCGGCCGCUCAUGUCUUUAAAGAAUUUGUGGAAACAUUUCAAGAGGUUCCAUCGGCAUCGUCCAAAGUUUGGGUUAAGGCCGGCACCUAUGAUGCUGGCUCCAGAAGAGAGGACAACCGUGAAAAGGGCAAGCUGUACAAACCAUCUUCAAAGAUCGAUGAUAAAUCGGCAACGGAAAAGGCUCAAGAAUUUGCCAAAUUUUUGGCAUCUGAUCUGAAAAAAGAUUCAUUGGCCAGUAAAAAGAAAAGCCAGGAGAAAAAGAAAAGUAAUUUGGAAUUAUUCAAAGAGGAGUUGCGGCAAAUCCAAGAGGAACGAGAAGAACGUCAUAAGUAUAAGCAUAUGGUGCAAUCUAAUUUAAUUGCUCCCAAGGAACCCAAAGAUCACUCCACGGAUCAUCAUGAGGUGGUCGAACGAUCUGGAUCGCAUGAUACUGGAGAUCCAAAUACAACAAAUUUGUAUUUGGGUAAUUUAUGUCCAAAGCUAACUGAACAACAAUUAAUGGAAAUUUUUGGUCGCUAUGGACCCUUGGCUAGUAUAAAAAUUAUGUGGCCCAGAUCGGAAGAGGAAAAAUCACGUGGACGUAAUUGUGGUUUUGUGGCCUAUAUGAGUCGUAAAGAUGCCGAACGGGCCUUGAGGACACUUAAUGGUCGUUUUAUAAUGGGUUAUGAAAUGCGUUUGGGUUGGGGUAAAGCUGUACCCAUUAUGAAUCAACCCAUUUUUAUACCACCUCCACUAUUGGAACUUACCAUGCCUCCACCGGCAUCUGGUUUGCCAUUCAAUGCUCAGCCUCCGGCAAGUGAGCGACCCAAUUUACCAUCGAAAAAUUACAAGGAAUAUACAACCGAUGAAGAGAAAGAAAAUAUGGAGAAGGUCCUACAAAAAUCGGUGGUUAAAGUAAUUAUUCCAACGGAAAAAACCGUAUUACAUAUUAUACAUCGCAUGAUUGAAUUUGUGAUACGUGAAGGACCCAUGUUUGAGGCUUUGAUUAUGAGCAGGGAAAUUGAAAAUCCUGCCUUUUCAUUCUUAUUUGAUAAUGAAAGUCCCGCCCACAUCUAUUAUCGUUGGAAGCUAUUUUCAUUGUUACAAGGUGACAGUCCCAAUGAAUGGAACGAAAAAGAAUUUCGCAUGUUUAAGGGUGGGCCAAUAUGGAAACCGCCAAUGGUUAAUUUUUAUACUCAAGGUAUGCCUGAUGAAUUGGUUGUGGAUCCAGAUGCGCCUGAAGUACACAAGGGAGCUUUGUCAACAGCGCAACGUGAUCGUUUGGAAGAUCUUAUACAUUAUUUGACACCCGAGCGAGCUCGCAUUGGUGAUGCCAUGAUCUUUUGUAUAGAACAUGCAGAUGCUGCUGAUGAAAUAUGUGAAUGCAUUGCCGAAUCAUUGGCCAAUCCAACGACAUUGGCAUCUCGGAAAAUUGCCCGAUUGUAUUUAAUUUCGGAUAUUCUGCACAAUUGCACAGUAAAGGUGGCCAAGGCUUCGUUCUUUAGAAAGGGCAUUGAAAAACAUUUAAUGGAUAUUUUUGAAAAUUUACACACUUUCUACAAUAACAUUGAGAGUCGUCUUAAGGCUGAAGGUUUUAAAAAUCGUGUGUUGAAUGUACUAAGAGCAUGGGAUGAUUGGGCCGUCUAUUCCAAAGAAAGUCUAUUGCAAUUGAAAGGCAUAUUUUUGGGUAAACAAAUGAAUGUUGUGGAAUCACCACCAUCGCCAGCCGAAGAAAUUAAAGCGGUCGAAGAUGAAGAUAUUGAUGGUGCACCAUUAUCGGGUGAUGAACGAGAUGAUGAAGAUUUAGAUGGUGUACCCUUGGAUGGAGCUGCUCUUUUGAAGGGUGUUUUAAUGCGUUCCCUACCCGAAACAGCACAAAAACCAAAUCCCAUUAAGAGGAGUCAAGAGGUUAGUCGUGAUGCGGAUUAUAAUGAUGAUAUUGAUGGUAUACCACUUUACGAUGACAUUGAUGGUGUACCCUUGGAAAAAGAUACCUCAGAUGAAAUAAUGCCUUCCGAAUCAUCAGUACUUGGUAAAUCGUCAUCAUCGUCGUCAUCAUCUAAGGCGCCAGCAUUUAUUUCAUCCAAAUGGGAAACUAUUGAUCCAGAACAAGUGGCCGAACAGGCAGUCACUACCAGUAAAUGGGAAUCAUUGGAUCCCCCCGAUCCACCAAAAUAUGAUGCCACCUCAGACAGUGGAGAAGAUUAUGAUGAAAUAAAACGCAUUAAAUUGCGUGAUGUUGAGGUUAGAACAAUGCAAUAUCAAGAUUCUUUGGAGACGGGAGAAACUGAACUAAAACCCGGUUGGACCAUUAGCGAGCAGGUGGAACAAUAUCGCAAGAAAUUAUUGAAAAUGUCCUCCGAUUCGAUGGAUUCACCACUUAGCUAUAUGUUCAGUAAAGAUGCCAGCCCGGAUAGAUCAAGGCAUUACAAACGUUCACCCUCACCGGCACAACAUUCACGAGGCAGUUCACGGUCCAGUCCUGCACGUAGUGGUCGUAAACGCUCCCUAUCGCCCUAUAAUAAAACUGGCAGCCGACGUGAGAAAUCGCCAUCCUCUAGUAGUCGUGAUAGUAGCAAAUAUAGUAAACGUCAUCGUUCACGUAGUAUAUCACCAUCGCCACCACAUCCUCUGGAUCGAGAAUGA